AACAAAAACACUAUCAACUCAUUUCCAAAACAUCAUACAACAACAGAGAUCAUAUUCCUCUUAAAAAAACAAAACCUUUUAAAUUGUUUCUGUACUAAUACUAACUUAGUACUUUGUCUGAGACCAUAAAUAAGGAGUAAAUAUGGUGAAAUCAAACGUGGAAAAAACUGCGGCGGAAAGAAGUGAUUCUUCAUUAUACAGAGGAGUAAGAAAGAGGAAGUGGGGAAAAUAUGUUUCUGAAAUUAGAUUACCAAACAGCCGCCAAAGAAUAUGGUUGGGAUCAUUUGACACAGCCGAAAAAGCGGCGCGUGCAUUCGACGCUGCUACUUUCUGCUUACGUGGCAGUGGUGCUAAGUUUAAUUUCCCUAGUAAUCCGCCGGAUAUUCCCGGGACAAGCUCCAUGACCCAUUCUGAGAUUCAAGCUGCUGCAACCCGUUUUGCAUAUUCGGAGCCCCGUAAUGAGAAUUCGGGUCGACCCGAUAAUGAAAUUAUUGAAACACCGUCCUCGUCUGAGGUAACUGCAUUGUUGCCUAUGGAGAUGCCGUCUCCUGCUCUCUCCGAGACAACGGUUCAGACGGAGAGUGACGUUACAGAUAAUGGGUUGUUCAAGGACCUGUUUUCAGAAACUGGGUCGGGUUACUCAAUGUUUCCGGGUUUUGAUGAUUUUUGUGGUGAAUUCUAUUUGCCUGAGAUGACAAAUUUUGAUUACGAAGAAGAGAACAUGGAUGGGGUGAUAGUUUUGGAUACCUUCUUAUGGGAUUUCUAAGUAAUUCCAUACGGUUGCGGGUUGUUUUAGUAUACCCGAAACUAUGAAACGUUGUCAAGUUUUUAUACAGAGAUUAAGGUUUUAAUUUUUGUGGAUAUCUUUGAGGAUAUAUAUAUGAAUCAUGAAACAAUGUAAAGUGGUCUGAUGAUGUAAUUUUUUUUUGUUCCAUUCUUUGAUUUAUAAAGGGGCUGCUAACUUAGACCCAGUUGGGUCUAACACUAUGUUUGGAUGUCAAAGAGAUAGGGAAGAGAGAAAUAGUGAAGAGAGAAAUAAGUGAGAAGAGAGAUAGAAGAGAAAUUGGAUAGAAAUUUUAUAUGGUUUGGAUGAAUAGAAAAGUGAGAAGAGAGAAAUUAAUAAAAAUGAGAAAAUAACAAAUUUACCCUUUUCUACAAGAAAAUAAAUUAGUUGAAUGAGGGUAUUAUUGUAAAAUUGUUUAUUUCACUUCUUGUCACACAAAUCUCUCCUAAUAUGGAGAGAUUUAUUUUUGGCAGUUAUUAACCAUUAUAUUUCUCUCUUUCCUUA